AUGUAUAUACCAGUACAUUUCAGCAGUCGAAGGUCUCCCGAAUGGUGGGAAGAUAGUUCAACGACAACUUCAACAGAAGCUACAACUACAACCACAGAACUUACAACUACAACAACACAACCCACAACUAUAACCACAGAACUUACAACUACAACAACACAACCCACAACUACAACAACACAACCCACAACUACAACCACAGAACUUACAACUACGACAACACAACCCACAACUACAACCACACAACCCACAACUAUAACCACAGAACUUACAACUACAACAACACAACCCACAACUAUAACCACAGAACUUACAACUACAACAACACAACCCACAACUAUAACCACACAACCCACAACUACAACCACAGAACUUACAACUACGACAACACAACCCACAACUACAACCACACAACCCACAACUAUAACCACAGAACUUACAACUACAACAACACAACCCACAACUAUAACCACAGAACUUACAACUACAACAACACAACCCACAACUAUAACCACACAACCCACAACUACAACCACAGAACUUACAACUACGACAACACAACCCACAACUACAACCACACAACCCACAACUAUAACCACAGAACUUACAACUACAACAACACAACCCACAACUAUAACCACAGAACUUACAACUACAACAACACAACCCACAACUAUAACCACAGAAGAAACAACCACAACUACCACACCGACAACCACAACGACCACACCGACAACCACUUCUACCACUGAACAAACAACCACCACUACCACACCGACAACCACAACGACCACACCGACAACCACCACUACCACAUCGACAACCACAACGACCACACCGACAACCACAACGACCACACCGACAACCACCACUACCACAUCGACAACCACAACGACCACACCGACAACCACCACUACCACACCGACAACCACCACUACCACACCGACAACCACCACUACCACACCGACAACCACCACUACCACACCGACAACCACCACUACCACACCGACAACCACCACUACCACACCGACAACCACCACUACCACACCGACAACCACCACUACCACACCCACAACCACCACUACCACACCGACAACCACCACUACCACACCGACAACCACAACUACCACACCGACAACCACAACUACAAAACCGACAACCACAACUACCACACCGACAACCACCACAACCACUCCUACAACCACUAUUGCGACACCGACAACCACCACCAUCACCACUACCACACCCACAACCACCACUACCACACCGACAACCACAACUACCACACCGACAACCACCACAACCACUCCUACAACCACUAUUGCGACACCGACAACCACCACCAUCACCACUACCACACCCACAACCACCACUACCACACCCACAACCACCACUACCACACCCACAACUACCACACCUACCACCACCACAACCACCACAACCACCACUACCACACCGACGACUACUUUUGUUACCACAACAGAAAUUCAAGAAAUUCCUCUUGGAGCUAACUGUACCGUCACCCCAACUGCAUGUAAUGAAUCUAAUUCUGAGUGCGUGCAGGGAACAUGUGUAUGUGCAAAUGGCUACUUCGACUCGAACGGAGCUGCUGAUGCUGGAGGUUGUUUGAGUACGCUAGCACUUGGUCAGACUUGUUCUAUUGGAAUACCCGAUCAAUGUGCCGACAUGAACGCUGAUUGUUCAGGAAAAGGUGUUUUAUCGUGUAGCUGUAAAGAAGGUUUCUACAGGAGCCCCGGCGGAAUCUGUGCAGCACAGCUAGCUCUUGGUGGAAGCUGUGACUCCGACGUGUCAGACCAGUGUGCAGAUCAGAAUGCCAGAUGUGGAGACAGCGACACAUGUGUCUGUACCGCAGGAUUCUACGAAGUUGGAAGCAUUUGUUCUGCAAAACUUGGUCUCGGGGCGGCGUGUAACAAUGUAAAAGGAGAAUGUGAAACGGCGGAUUCUGAAUGCAAUGAAAAGUGUGUGUGUACGACGGGCUUCUACGACUCCAACGGGGCUGAGCCUGAUGGCACCUGCACUCCGAGGGGAAACGAGCCUGAACUGAAGACAUAUGAAUGUAGCCUGACUCUUAUCCAGCAGUUUACAAUAGAAAUGAAUGAUCCGAACAGUGACGUUGCUAAAAGUAUCGUGGCAGACUUGAAAAUAAUCCUCCAAGCGUCCCUUGGUAACACGUUACUGGCUGUUGUGCUAUUACGGCUUACGGAAGGAAGUGUAAAUGUAGACUACGAAGUGACCCUAUCAAGCCCCGUCACACCAGAGGCACUCAAAACAGCUGUAGUCAAUGGUCAAAAGGCUGAGCUCAACAACCUGGCUUUCAUCGUAAAAAUAGACCCCAACUCUAUCAAUUUCAAUGAAUCAGUCCAAGUUCCCUGCGUUAAAACCGGGUCCAACAGAACAGACAUCCUUCUCAACGGUCGCUGUGGUGACCACAGUGAAACAGGCGUCUGUGUAACACCUAACAGUGCAUGUGUGGAAAGAUUUGGGGAAUGGAGCUGUCGUUGUGAGUCAGGCUUCAUCCAAACUAAGGAUCAGAGAAGCUGCACGCCUGUACCAAAGGUCCUGUUCGCCUAUCCGAACCUUACCGUGUCCCUGCAAGUACCAAAGCCUGUUGGAACACCAAUUUUUACCAUCCCUUUCGCAAAUGACGUCGCGAAUCUAUGUACUGAUGUACCGGAAGUCAAUUUUAUAAAGGCAUUUACAGAGAAUAACUUCCGGUAUGAAGUAAAUUGUUCUGCAGUGACCGUGAUCCUGGAUUCUGCAUUGUCUAGUUCAGAUGCAAGUUUUGCUUUGGGUAUUCAAACCAAGAUGGCGUUUAGUGACCUGGUGGUCGCUGACAAAAUAGUGGCCAUAUUGGAGACAUGGUCAGAUGUGUCGAUACCAACAGAACUUUGUGUCACUGUUGCUGACGGGAUGUUUUCUGGGCAGUUACUGGCCACGUUACCAACGUUGCGGUCAGGAGAUUCGUAUAAUGCCCCAGAGUCAGUGAAAUAUCGGUUAUCUGGAGAAAAUGUGUACUCUAAAAUCGCCAUCAGCCUGACCACCAUUACUGGACAGUCCAGCAUUACAGCCUACCUGGACACAUUUGACAUUACGUACGGCUCUAAAAUCUUAACGCUCAAAGUACUUAUCAUUAGAGCAUCAAUGGUCGUAACGAAAAGAGAAAACACAAAGUCAAAAGUAAUCGAAUAUUCAAUUUCAGAUCCUUUCACAUUAGCAUCUUCAGAUAUACCACUUACAAACUUGACACUUGGGUCCUCUGACGUAAGCAUUGGACCCGGUGGUCUCGACUUUGAGAGUGGCCUGUCGCCGAUCAUUUUCAAUAUUGAAGUCAGUGUGUGUUCAAUGACGGCUUCAACCAAAGUAGUCCUGCACAUAACGGACGUCAAUGAUAACCCGCCUCAAUUUUCAGACACAACAUACUCGUUCGACAUCUUUCCCACCUCUCUGUCAGGUCUGUUGGUGGGUGUAGUCCAGGCAACUGAUAUCGACACCAUGACAACUCUGACCUACAGUGUUGACAGUUCGUUCUUCAGUAUUAACCAUCAAGGCGUCAUACAGACAUUGGCUAGAACAGAACUUAUACCAUUUCGGGAUAUAAGCGGAGAGUCAAAAUACUCGGCAAACAUACUUAUAAACGUGACAGCAAGUGAUGGAGUAAAGGACAACACGGCUGACGUGAUUGUGAACCUGUCUCGACAACCUGGCACUAAUCUAGGGUUGAAUUUCAUUGCCAAUGUAUUUGAAAACAUGCCCCCAGGUACACCUGUGGUUAGGGCUAAUGUCAGCGGCUUCAUCAGUUAUGAGUUUGCGAGUAGCAGAGCCGAGGAAUACUUCACAAUCAACCAAACUACGGGGGAAGUCCUAACAAAGAAAAGACUGGAUAGAGAAAACCAGAAUGAACAAAAGCUGCAGUUCGCAAUAACAGCAUUCAAGAGCAGUGAGACUUCUUGUUCUCUAACCGUACUUGGAGAUAUUGAAGUGGUAGUGGAUGAUGUCAACGACAAUGCGCCUGUGUUUGAGCGCUCAAAGUACACGGGAAAAAUAGAGGAAGGUAGCUCUACUGGAAGGACUGUUAAGGUCGAUAGUGGCAUCACUGCUACUGACGCCGAUGAAAAUCCUUCUUUUACCUUCGCAAUAGCCAGUAGUAAUUUCGCAAUACACCCAGAGACGGGUGUGAUAACAACAAUUUCAGAACUUGAUCGUGAGGUGAUCGAUAUUGUAACCCUUGUCGUCACGGCUGAUGAUGGUGUAAACACAGGGUCGGUUAGCAUAAACAUCACGGUGACUGACAUCAAUGAUAAUACACCAACGUUCGAUUUCACGUCAGGAGACUGGAGGUCAACGAGUAUAAGUGAGGGAGCAUCAAUCGGAAAUGUUGUCACCACGGUAACAGCAAAUGAUCUGGACGAAGACGAAAAUGGCCGAGUAUUUUACAGAAUCCAAGGAGACUCCGGUUACUUCCGAAUAGACAAUAGACUCUCGGGAAAAAUUACUGUUGCACAAAUUACUGUUGCACAUUCACUGGACAGAGAAACAAUUCCAUUUCAUAACUUCACCUUACUAGCACGUGAUAACGGAAGUCCACUCCGCAGUGUGACCACAACGAUGGUGGUGAGAAUCAUUGAUGUAAACGACAAUGACCCAGUCUUUGAUUCUGCAGCUCUUAUAGCGGACAUACCGGAGGACAAGUCGAUUGGUUCUUCGUUGUUUAAUGUUUCAGCUUCUGACAAAGAUGAGGGUGUGAACGGGGAUAUAGCCAGUUACAACUUCAUCAGUGGUAAUGAAGAUGGAAUAUUCUCUAUUGAUAACGAUGGAGUUAUUCGUUGUGACAAGAAUUUAGAUUACGAAACUACAACUGAAUAUAAACUGGUUACAGUAGCAAAGGAUAAUGGAAAAACUCCAAGAAGCAGCUCUUCAACGGUCACCAUAAGAGUAACGGACGUAAACGACAACGCACCUUACUUCACACAAGAUAUCUCUACUGGAGCCCACUACAUCAAAAUAAAAAAGUCGGAUUUCAGCGGUCAGGCUGAGAAACCAAUCAUGGUAGUAACCGCUCUAGACCGAGACAGUGGUCUGAAUGGCCAGAUAAACAAGCCAAUCAAUAUGUCCUUGCCGACUGGACUUAGCCUCACUCUGAAUAGCAGUGGUGUCAUGCGUACUAAAACAUCCGACCCACCCAUCAAGAACCUCACAGUCAUACUGAUCGCCAUGGACAAAGGCAACCCCCCCCUUACCUCCACGGCCACACUGACGUUGGAAAUUGUGGAGGACGACUCCUCAUCCGGGAAAGUAAAAUUUAAUCUUCAAGACAUCCAAAUGUCUAUUCCAGAAAACAUCCCAAAUAUAGAUAUAGGAACGUUGUCUGGUGAUGUGACCAGCCAGAAUGGCAAGACGGUAAUUUUUGACAAGGUUUCAGGAGCUGAAAACGUGAAGGUUGAAUCUUCCGGUAACAUCAAGGUCGAAGACCCGUUUGACAGGGAAGCGAUUCAGUCUACCGUAAUUGUUGUACGUGCUACCGUUGAGGAUGACACAGAUUUAGCACUAGUGACUGUGACUGUGACUGACAUGAAUGACAACCAUCCAACGUUUGGCUCGACUGAUAAAUACCGCCGCAUUCUGAAGGAAGACAUACCCAUCAAUACAAAUAUAGUAAAUGUACUCGCCAAAGACGAGGACGAGGGGCUCAACCAAAAAAUAACCUAUACAAUUGUGGGAUCUGACGCUUGUUUCAGUCACUUUGCUAUUAAUUCGGCGACUGGCGUAAUGACAUUGAAGAAAAACCUGGACCGAGAAGGUGCUUUUGCGCUCUGCGAUUUUUCUGUAGAAGCAGCUGACGCUGGCAGUCCAUAUCGUCUCACAGCAGUCGUUCCCGUAGAGGUAACGAUACAGGAUGUUAACGACAACAGUCCAAUCUUCAGCGAUCAGUCAUCCGGAGGGGGAUAUGACAUCACAGUAAAGGAGGACCUGCGCAUUAGCGACGAGACGGAAUCCUUUGGUUUUAUCAGAGAUGAAGAUAUUGGAGAAAAUGGUGACAUUGAUGUGUCUGUAACACUAGAUUCAGACUGUCCAUUUACAGCCAAGCUGAAUAUAACAACAGUUGACAUCUUCAAAAUCAUCUUCACAUUGACGUCUGCGUUAGACUUUGAAACAGUGAGGUUACAUACUUGCGAGGUGUUGGUGUUUGAUAAAGGAACUCCAUCUCUCACUAGUACUGUAGAUGUCAAGGUGACAGUGACUGACGUCAACGACAACGCACCAGUGUUUUCCGCUAAAACUUACGCCGUCAAUGUUUCGCGUGACGCAAGCAUUGAUCAAACACUUAUUGAUGAAAUAAAUGCAACUGAUGUGGAGUCGCAAGAUCUAACUUUUCUGUUUGCUCCAACGAAAAAAGACGAUAUAGCCUACAAAGAUUAUUUCAGCUUCAAUUUUAAAACGGCUAGUAUCACCGUUAAAUCUAAGCUAGUGGACUUCCAAAGAGAUGAGGUGGUCCUGUACGUUAUAGCUGUGGAUGGAGGCCUCUCUACUACAGCCACGGUGAGCAUAUUAAUAACAGAUGACAACAUAAGGCCAGUUUUUGAUGACCCUGAGGCAACAUUACAGCUAACAGAACACUCCAGUGUAGUCAACCCUGUCUUCACCGCUUUAGCAACCGACCGUGAAGGUCGAAAGGGUCCUGAGCUGUGCCAGUGUAUUUAUAGAUUCAAGAAUCCCUCAGAUAUAUUUGAAAUUAACAACACCACUGGUAAAAUCAGUGUGAUCCAAGGAACGGACAUAGACAGAGAGAAAACAGCAGAGGUCACUCUUAACGUGAUAGCUACAGAUCCUGGUGGCAAGGACUCCCUUCCCCUCCGUCUGAAUAUCACCAUACUGGACAUCAAUGACCACAGUCCAGUGUUUACAGACAUUAGGGACGGAGACUACAGGUUUAUACUCUUACAGGUGGUCCCGGUUGGUUCAACUGUGGGGACUGUGAUUGCCGAGGAUGCAGAUGCGGGGGAGAAUGCUAUCCCCGUGUAUUCCCUGAGGGGCGCGCGCUACUCUUGGUCCCCGUUCAUGAACGACCUCGCUGACCUUUUUAACACCAUGCCCGUCAGCAUCUCCACCACAAACGGCACCAUCACCACAAUCGCCUCUCUCGACAUCAAUGCUUCAAGAAACUUCUACAUAGAGCUUGUUGUGAGAGCUGAAGAUUCCAAAGAUAGUCUGAAAGUCACAGAGACCAAAGUAAUUGUACAAGUGGACUACUUGGAUCCGAACGGAUAUCAUCCGAAAUUUGCCCAUGAAUUAUAUCGUAUAUCAUUACCCAAGUCGUCCAAUAUAGGAACAGAUUUGGACAUCAACGUCACUGCUACUGAUCUCGACACCGGCGCAGACGGACGUGUUAGCUACAGCAUAGCAGCCGGCAAUACCAGGGAUAUUUUCAGCAUUAAUUCAAUGACUGGGCACCUUUCUGUUGCCUUUGUCAUCGACAUCGCCGCAGACCUAGUUAAUCUUACGAUCCAAGCUGAGGAUGGAGGAAUCAUGCCGAAACGAGGGUACUGUUCUGUGGAGAUCUACCUCACAGGGAACGCCAUUGAAUGUAGCAAUGCAGUCGUCGGCACUGAGGACAAAUGGUUUACAGCGAUGACGGUCCUAGCUGCCGUUCUAGGAGUCUGUUUUACUGUUUUAUUGGUCCUUAUCUUCUAUUUCAUUAAAUUGCGACACAGCUAUAAGUACCCACAGGGUCCAGAGGCAUAUGCAAGGAAACAAAGUAUUUAUACAGCCAAUCUUGAUAGAUCCAUGGUACACGAUGAUGGUGACUACGCUCAUUUCUCUUUACCCAGUGGAACGUUUCCAGGAAACACAGUACCGUCGGCUGGACAACCCUUCUCAAUUUACCGCUCCAUGGACAGUUUGGGAGAUGACCAGAGUGGUCAGACCCGCACCAACCGUAGCAUAGAAGGCAGUGUAAAUGGGUUCCAAGAUUUUUAUCAGCAUACAGCGCAACGGAGAAAUUGCAGGGCAAACAGUGAUAGUUCAUCAAAUUUCUCAGACUAUGAACCUGCAGAUAAUCCAGUUUCACCAAGAGCAUCCAGCCGGCCACCUGCACCACAUGAACUUACUAAUCCAUUAAGCGUAUCAUUUCUUGAACCAGAAAAUCGUUCAUUCCGUCGCUCAACAUACCGUGAACCAACGCCUGAUUACUGAUGAGUUGUUCGUUUCUAAUGAAUGAUACUUUCAAUUUAAAAUUAAAAACAUUGGAAAUCCAAAUUAAGGACCUCUGUCCCACCGCCACUGUCGUACACACAGUAACCUCACCUUAAUUAUAUUUUCGAUAUAACUGUAAUCUCGGCCAGGUUACUUCCGUUGAUCAGGUAGCGCAGUUGGUGAGAGCGACAGUAUAAUGAACUGAGGUCCAGUGUUCGAAUCCUAAUCAGGCUUCGUUGUUAUUUUACUCUCAGAAAACUGCUGUUUUUUCUAUUUGUUAUAAAUAAAUACCCCGCAAUUUAAAAAAAAUAUUUUCAGAAAAGAUUAUCAAAGCUAUAAUGAUGCUGGGGAAUUGAUUUCAAUGUAAAGUUUUACUUUUGGCAGUGGUACAGGGAUCCUUGAAUGGUGUCAACCUAGCUGGCAUAACUUUUAACUUUACGGAGAUACAUUAACAUGGAUGUUGAUUUCUCGACCGCAAAAAAAUGUAACUUACAAUUUGGUCAUUCUGUUCAUCAUUUUACCUCACCUUAUCAUCAAUACUUCAUAUCCAUUGUAACGUUUAUCGGGAAAUGUAGUUUAAGUUUAUAGCAGCUGUUUUUAUGUAGGAACAUAACAUAGUUAAAGAAUGAUUUUUUGAUUUUUUCUUCAAUCAUUACAGGCAGUAGUAGUGGUUGAAGUAGAAUUGGAAAAAAAACCAGAUGAUUUUUUUUUUAUGUCAUUGAUUGUUUUAUGAAAUUAUCGAUGCUUUGUAUAGUUUUUGUAUAGAAUAUGGAUUUUUUUUAUUAAUUUGCAAUGCACCCUGAAUAACAUGGCGAUAAUUUAACGUAACAUUAGGUUAAUGUUACAGAUAUAUCAUAACUAGAUCUUAUUAUUGUUAGUUAUACAAUAAUUUGAUCUUGUUAUUGUUAGUUAUGGCAUAAUUCGCUAUUGUCGAAGUAAGGUAUAUCAUUGUCAGUAUUGUUAAAGUUAUGUUACAACUAGCUUAUGAAUGAUAAUUGUAUAACUAGUUCUUGUUAUAGACACCUGUAGUUUUAGUGUUAUUAGUUAGCAUUAUUGGCUAUUGUAAAAAAUAGUUAUAGCAUUGUAAGCUAUUGUUAUAGUUAAAUUAUAACUAGCUAAUGAUAGAUAAGUGUACCACUACUGUUGUAGUUACUUGUAGCUACAGCAUUAUUAGUUAUUGUAAAAAUGGUAAUAGUAUGGUAAGCUAUUGUUAUAGUUAAAUUAUAACUAGCUAAUGAACUAUAUUUGUACAUCUAAUUCCUGUUAUUGUUAUAUGUAGCUAUGGAAUUAUUAGUUGUUGUAAAAAUACGUAUUGUAUGGUUAGCUAUUGUUAUAGUUAUAUUAUAACUAGUAAAUGGUAAAUAUUGAAAGCUAUUGAUAUAGCUAUUGUCGAGGUCAGUCAUUUCGACUCAUUUCAGUUAUUUUUUAUCAUUUUUAUCUCACUCUCGUGUGAUAUGUUAAUGUCACAAAGGUUAACCAUGGUAACAUUUAAUCUACUCAAUUCUGAGUGAGACAAAUACCUUCAGUUACUGUCGCGUGUCGUAAAAUCUUUAUUGAACUCUCAGAAACGGGUUUCCUCCAUGUUGUGAUCUGUACGCUGUUUGACUGAUAAUGGUCUUCAUUAACUAAAUGUAUAACUCAAGUACUACCUCAAUUCUUUAAGUUAUGAAGUACUUGGGAUCAUUAAUAUUUUGUGAUCUAUCCAUUUUCAUGUUAAGUGGCAGGAAUUACCUACCAGGAAUUACGUAUCAGGAAAAAAUAUUUGAUAUUAGGGUAACUAUUAUAUCAAAUUUGGCUCUUGUGAUACUGUAGCUAUUUGUAUAAAUUACUUAUUUAAUAGAUUUUCUGAUGUUGUCUAUUGUGUCAAACACUUGAGAUAGACGAUGUAAUUUACUUAUAAUGUAAUAAAUAUAUUAAAUCA